CCCACACACUCGAUCGCGAUGGCGACGGCGAUGGCACUUCUUCUGCUGAUCGGUUUGAACGUGGUGGUGGGAGCUCUUGCGUCGCCGGGACAAGCCAUACCUUGGAUGGGGCGGCGUGACAUGAACUUGGCUCGCACAGCUUCCUUUCGCCGCCUAAGGAGGGACGUGGAAGUGAAGAACGGGAACCUGGACCGCGUUGUCUGCGUGCUGCUCGAGCUGAGCUCCCCCUGGUGCGAUAACGGAGCGAAGGACACUCCAGAAGCAGCCCUCGUAGACGAAACUGGUGGAACCGAGGACGAGCGCCGCGAGGACGCAGCUCGCCCUUGCAGGAGCACCACUUGCAAGCUGUUCGCCAAAAGAAAGAAACAAGAAAAAAGGCGGCCUCCAGAGCAGAGUCCUGACUCUCAGUUUUACAGUGGCUGGUGAUUUUGGCAACCUUUACAUCAGCGUCUUAGCACCCAGUACAUGGCGCUACAUGAAAAAAAAAUCACGAAAUAGAAAAUUAACCAACAACAAUAACUUAUUGCUCUUUCUAUCGCUGCCACAUACCUACAUACCUACAAGUAACGACAUCACCGAUGCUGCUUGCCAUUUUAGGUCACGA